AUGGGCGAUCGCCCUGCUUGGGGAGAUGAUGAUGAUGACGCUCCAAGAGAGGAGGCACCUUUGCCUGCCGAGGUCGUGACCAGGCGCAAGAAGAAGGUGACCAAAGAGGAAGAGGUCAAAGAACAGGAGGAAUAUGUAACCAUGUCGUGGGAAGAGAUUUUUCCCAAAAAACCUAUUGAUCGCCUCCGAUGGCUUUACAAAGCUUGCAAGGCAGCGAAGGAGGGUCGGAUAAAACCAAAUCCGCUGUACAACGUUGUUGCACAUCGAAGAUUCAUUGAAGGUCUGAAGGGCAGUAUUGCUACAGACUGCUUGAACCUGAUUCGUGGGCAUAUCCACCUGUUCAGUCCGAAACAGCAAAAACAGUUGCAGUCUGACAACUUUGAGCUCUUUCGGAAAUAUGCACCCAUCAGCGUCCUGGAUUCAGACGAUGAUGAGGAUGCGGCGCCACCGCUGCCUCCGCCUCCAGAAGUGGUGGUUGAGAUGAAGGACAAGAAGAAGAAGAAAGGCGACGUCAGGAAGCGUGAAGAAGAGGAGGUGGAAGGAUUCAGCGACGAUGACACUGAAAUGAAGAAAGCGCGAAUUCUCGCAAAGGGCGUGGAGCGAAGGAUUGACCCAGCUGACGGACAGGCCUACACCAUGGAGGAGUUCAUUCAAGAGUAUGGCGGCAGUGGCGAUAAGCCACCAGUGGAGUGGGACAAUGCCAGGCAUACCUCGUCACUUUGGCAGAAAACAGGUUUGUCUACAAAGAGUGAGAAAGGCUGUCCAUGGCCACACAAGAAGCAUCCAUGUUGUCGGAUUCAAGAUCUCCUGGGUCCGUGCAGGUCCAGCGCAUUUUCUUGGCAAAUGGCUGCCCAUGUGCGGCUUGCUCGGCGCCGGGCACAACAUGCUGCAGCCUUGACUCGUUCUGCGAAUAUUGAGACCUUAAUGCGGUGCCAGUCGCUUCAAAAACUGGAUAUUGACCACUUGGAUGCUCCACAGGGCCCUGAGGGCUUCACAAGAAAACGAGGACCUCUUUCACAGGCAAAGCUGGGACGUGCUGAUCUGAAGAGGACUUCGAAAGCAAAGGUCUCAAAUCAAACGCCCAAGCAGUUGGGUGCACAGGAGCUGGUUCCGUUCAUGGAUGAAGUGGAAACCCCAAACAAGGACUUUAGGACGCUUUGCCGCCGUUUGCGCAAGUUGCCGCUUCGUCAAUUAGCGCCCUCAUUACCGGCCCUGCAUGCAAAGAUCUCAGAGACUGUGACGCCAACUGCUGCGUCACAUUUUUGGUCAUCGAUUUCUCGGCGAAUCCUGGUAAACUCUGCAGACUUUCCUUUGCUUUCCCUGGCUUACGUGCUUCCUGAACUCCAACGAAAUGGGCACCUUGCGAAGGUCUCUGCGCUUGGAAAGCUGGUCCGAGGCCUUGCUCGGCAAACCUCAGCUUUGAAAUUCAAUGAGAACAAUGAGAACAAUGACGAAAAGGAAAUGGCUUUUCGAGCUCUCCUUCCGUUGCUGAUCCUUUGCAGUUGUUUGGCGCCUAGUAUUUCUCACCUAACAUACCGUUUUGCGAUCUGUUUUGUUUCUGUUGGGAUGGAACUUGUCAACUUUGUUAGGAGAUGCUGCGAAGUCCUUCAUUUGCAGCUUGCAGCUUCCAAGCCACACGCAGAAGGAUACUGGGCAGGUCGAUUACAUCGAAUGCUGACAAGAGGCUUGCCGCCCGUCCUUGCAAAGGCUCCUCCCAGUUUAGUAAUUCCUUGGCUAGAAUUCUAUGCCAAAAACGGCCUGGUUGAUCAUGAUCAUUUGCAUGUAUGGGAGGAAGCAGGAGACAGUAUCCGGGGUGCCCUACUCUCUCAUGGUGACGAGGACCGGAUUGUAAAGCUCCAAGAUCAAGUCCCCUUGUGGGUUGCAGACUGCUUGCCACAAGUGGCCCCAAGACCCAAUGCUCUUGCAACAUUGCCAUCUGACGGAUGGACGGAGCAGAUGGAUGCGGAAGUCGCAGUGGGGCCGGAUGAACUUCAAGAAGCCAACUUUGCUCGAGAUCCACCGUUUUUGUCCCCACCGAUGUAUCAAAAAUCGCCUCCAGUUCCUGUGCUGUGGCAUACCUCGCCCGAAACUUACCAGAGGGGCAUGUCACGAUUGGGCGCCAGGCAGUUGAUCUUGGCUUUGCGCUAUGUGGCCGCAGAUGGGGCCGGAACCUUGACCAGAACCAGAGAUGAUCUUCCGGCAGAGAAGGCCAUGGUUGAGUUGGCAACGGGAAGUUGGCCGCGGAGGCAUCGCAGCCGCACCAAAGCAGAGGCUUUCGUUGCAACACUUCUCACCCAACUCACGAGCCGCAUUGGUGGAGUCAGAUCCGGCGAGGCAUGCUCGGCAGUGAAGAGCUUGGCUUCCCUCAAAAGUAUUGGCUUAGCCAACAGUCCAGAAGCAGGCGAUGCACUACAAGCUUUGCUUUCCGGGCCUUUGGCUGGCUGGAAAGUUGUCACUUCGAUGACGCCAAGUGACAUUGCACUCCUUUUGGAAGGCAUGGCAUUUUUGGUUGCAGAUGGUAAGGGUUCACGCGCAGGAGGUGACAGUCAGAGUCAAGUACAAGUGCAGGCAGUGGCACGUGCAUCAAUGGCAUGCGCGACCCCUGAAUUAUUAGAUCUUGCGGCUUGUGCUUUGCAGGAAGCGGGUGCGCCGCCCGCAAAGCUACGAAGCAUGUGUGGUGCAGCUUCUGUGCUUUUCACCUGGCACCAAAGAGCAGAAGGAACAAAUCCUGUCCAAGCACGACAUUCCCGAAAUGCGAUGCAGCGCUUUCUCAAUGCUGCAGCUGCAGCUGUAAGAGAUGGACCACACACCAAGGAGCCGCAACUUGUGCAACCUUUGACGCUAUUGAGAGCUGCUGGCGAAGCUGGUGCUUGGUCCUCUGAUGUCUUUGCACAUCUUGCACCGAUGGUGACUGAACUCAUUCUAGGCCGGCAGAUCCCAAGACUGCCUGGAUAUGCUCGCGAUUGGCGGCCUCUCCUGCCAAGACCCGGAUACACCCGCAGUGAUUGGAAGAUAGAAGAGCUUGCAGAGACAGCUUGGCUUUAUGCACAAAGUAGCAGCCGAAGACCACUGGAAGGGCAGACUGCCCUGGCUCUGUCUCUUUCGCUUCUGGUACACACGCCUAUCUUGCAAGAAGGCCUUCGUGCAAGAAGCGUUCCUGACCGUGGUGACGCCAAUGUCACCAGAAGAUUAGACACUGAAUCUGACGAACCAAACGACUCACGUCUUUUGAUGUUCGCCUCUGAUGCUUCCCGUAUUCUGCGCAGCUCUGCGGAGGUGCUUUAUUUUCAGUCAUGGUCAAGCCCGAAGUCCUACCCACGCAAGAGCCAUGAGUCACGACAAUUGCAGCUGACUUCAAUCCAAAACUUUGACCCCCAGCUAGCAAAAGAUAGUGCAGUGGCAAAGGAGGUAGUGGUGAAGUGGAAAAGAUUAUUGAAGCUCUUGGACCUUUCUGGGGCCUCAUUGGGAGCGCGUCGACGAGUGCGGGCACUGAGUGAAAGAAAGGAGACUGAGUGGCUUGGCACCAAUGUACUGGCAGCAUAUGCAGCCCUAGAUUUGUUUGAACGCCUUAGCGAUGUGCAGUCGCUAACAGGUCCAGCAAAAUCUGGCUUGUUGAGAACAUAUGGCCAGCAAAGUUUGGCAAGAGAAAGCUUCCAAGCACGAAGCCAAUUGCGGUUGUGCUUGCGGCAAUUGCACACGCUUAAACGUAAGCAGCUUCUACAAGAGGAAGAGGGUGCAGCCUGUGAUGAAACCGCGAAAGGCAGACUAGUUUUUCGUGCUGAGUACCAUCGCCUUUGGAUUUUGGAGGUGUUACCUGUGUCUCGCCGGCUGCUGCUUGCAACAGCCUGCUUCCCAUUGCCAGCGGCGGCUGAGUCACGCCCAGCCACAAAAGCAGAGCUCUAUGAGAUCGCAGGAGCUUUCGCCAAAUUGGCAUCCACUCCAAACGGUCCUGGAGCUGCUGAAGUCUAUGAAGAGGUGGAGACAACCCUGGGUAAUGCGAUUCAAAAAUGGGAGAGCGGCACCAUUUCAGCCAAAGCAAUUGUUGAAGAGAGGGCUCGCCUUAGAUUGGGCAGAGCGCGCGCAAGGGUGGUGUACAACGAUUUGCUUCAAGGUACUCGCCCCGACAAGGUCGCAGGCGCAAUCCAAGAUUACGAUGUCGGCAUCAGCAUCAUGGAGGUUGAUUUCCGAGAACAUCCAGACCGAGUAAUGUACAGUGAGUACCCAGAUGCUCUCGUGAAGCGCGGGCUGGCAAAGGAGGGCCUUCAAGACUGGAAUGGGGCUGUACAAGACUACACAAAAGCCAUUCAGGCCCUUCGACCAAAGGACGGAAGAGCUGAUGUUGCAAUGCCAGGCAACUCAAGAAUUCAGGAAGGCGAUGGCUUGGGCAUGAACCCGUUGAUUUUGAAUUUUCGCGGCAAUGUCUUGGGACAACUCCGGCGAUAUGACGAAGCGGUCGAGGACUACGAAGAGGCAACACAGAUCUUUGAUGCUGACGGUGAGGUUCGUCAAGCUUCCUUGUCCCGCGCAAACACUGGCCUCGCCCUCUUCGGUGCUGGUAGGGAAGCCGAAGCUCAGCUCAUCAUGGAGAAGGUUGUUCGCAAUGAUCCGGGUGUCACCGACGCGCACGUGGCUUUGGCGGCUUGGUAUUGGGCCAACGGCCGAGUACCGGAAGCUGAAUCUCAGUGGCAAUUCGCUUGCGAACAGAUCGACUCAGGCUGCCAGGCCUACAAGGAGCUGGGAGCUGAUGUGAGCUGA